AUGGAACGACAACUUGAUGAAGUUAUUAUAGCUCUUGUUGGAAAAUAUACAGCUUUAGAAGAUGCAUAUGCAUCUGUACUUAAAGCACUUACUCAUGCUGCACUUUUUUGUAAUAGAAAAUUAAAAGUCCUUUUUAUUCAUGCAACUGAUUUAGAAGCAAAUACACAAAAAGAUGAUCCAGUUAAAUAUCAUGAAGCAUGGCAACAAUUAUGUAGUGCACAUGGUGUUCUUGUACCAGGUGGAUUUGGUUCACGUGGUAUUGAAGGUAAAAUAGCAGCUAUUGAAUGGGCACGUACACAAUCAAAACCAUUUCUUGGUAUUUGUCUUGGUCUUCAAUGUGCUGUUAUUGAAUUUGCAAGACAUGUUUUACAAUAUAAAGAUGCAAAUUCAUCAGAAUUUGAUAAAUGUGAACAUCAAGUGGUUAUUGAAAUGCCUGAACAUAAUCCAGGAAUUAUGGGAGCAACAAUGAGAUUGGGUCGACGAACAACUCAUUUUGUUACUGACGAUAGUAUUGUUAGAAAACUUUAUGGAGAUAUGGAUUCUAUUGAUGAACGUCAUCGUCAUCGUUAUGAAGUUAAUCCAAAAUAUAUUGAAGUAUUUGAAAAAGCUGGAAUGAAAUUUGUUGGUAGAAGUGAUGAUAAUGAACGUAUGGAGAUUUUAGAACUUGAAAAUCACCCCUAUUUUGUUGGUGUACAAUAUCAUCCAGAAUAUAUAUCACGUCCAUUAAAACCAUCUGCUCCUUACUUAGGACUUAUUUGGGCUGCUUGUGGUGAAUUGAAAAAUGUUUUAACACAUGUUACAAAACAACAAUCACCAACAGAUAUUACAAUUAAAUCUCCUAGUCCUUUUUCUCAUGCUAAUCUAUUUCGACAUACAUGA